GCGAUACUCUCAUCACCAAAGCACCAAGAAAGAAUUCUUCACCAACUCCUCAUCAACAUGGCGCUGGAAGAAAAGCAAAUGCCAUCGACCGAAACCGAUGAUGAGUCAAUUGUCAGCAAGCAGCCAUCUCCGGAAAUCAAAGACAUUGCCAACACAAUAGCCCCCGAGACUCGCCAUAGCUGGUUUCCGUCAUUCCGCUCAAUUUUCCCAUCCUUGUUGUCGAAGGAACAGCCCGGAACACCAAUCACACGGCUAUUCAACAAUGUACCCGGAAAUCCAAGAAUUACGUUGAUAGGGUUAGACGGUGGAGGAAAGAGCUUGUUGAUGGAGAAGUUCUUAUCGUCCCGGAGCAAAGAUAUCCAUAGCAUCAUGCCUACUAUUGGUACCAUCGUGGAGAUGAUUAGAUCAGAAACAGCGUCUUUCCAUACAUAUGAUAUUGGAGGUUGUCGGCCAAAUUCCUACAGGCUCUUUGACCGAGCCAUGUUCAGACAAGCGGAAGCAGUUGUCUUCGUGAUUGAUGCAAAUGACCGGGAUCGGGCUUUGGAGGCCCGCGAAGAGCUGAUGAUGGAAGGGCUCCUGGAUCCUCACGGGAUGCGCAAAGAAACACCGUUGCUUAUUUUAGCAAACAAACAAGAUCUUCUAAACGCAAGAGAUGCCGAGCAGAUAAAAACCUUCUUUGUCGACAGCAUAUCAACAUCCAUAGGUGAUCGUCCAUGUAAUGUAUUUGCGACGUCAGCCACUACCGGAGAGGGCAUAGAAGACGCUUUCAAAUGGCUCGCAUCAAUCCUAGCUGAGACAACCAGUAAUGAAAAGGCGCCAAACCCAACGGUUCAGGGUUGGUCUGGGACCAAAAGGCCUACGCCAGAGGAAGAAAUCCAGACUAUCUGGAAGACAUGCACUUAUGUGAAGAAUAAGCCGAAAGCAGGCACAUGA